AAACGAAUUGAUCCAUAAAACUACGAUUGGACCCAGAGUUUUUGGGUUGAGCUUCAGCCCAUAAGGAUCAGAACCCCAUCCCUUCAAUCAAUCGUCGUCUGCACAAGUUAAACCCUAGAGGCCAAACACACAUAACAAAUCUCUGGUGUUUACGAGUAAAGUGUUUCUGUGUAACAUGGCGCUUUUGGCGUCCUCCUUGGUGCCUUCAACUCUGAAUAUCAAGGUUAGGCAACAUGAACACCAGCCUUGUUCGUUUCAGCUCAAUAGUUUUCCGUUGCAAUUAAGUCGUCGUCGUCGUCGAGUUUCUACAACACGUCAAAUGAAAAUAACAAUGGCACUGUUUGGGAAUCCGAAUAAGAUCAAGGAACAACUCGUUAUCAUCAGGGACAAAUUAUGGGAGAACAGCCCCAACUCUGUAAAAUCUUUCCCUUGGAAAAAAGCUGAGAAUUUACUGCUGGAUAAACUAAUUAUCGCGGGACAGAAGGCAUUGAAGUUUUUUCUCGUUACAUUUAUUGUGAUCAGUUGUCUGUCGGAUUUCAUGUUUUCUAUUUCCAGAAAUCAAGAAUUGAUAAUACCCUUCGGUCUGAUUGUUGGAUUAUUGAUGUCUUAUUUCUUAAAAGAAACAUCCCAAGAAGCAUUUCGAAGCUUCCAGCAGGGGAAGGACUUGGAAUUUAAAUGGCAGCUCUUAGCAAUGGGUGGCCUCUUUGUUGUUUUUAAGUUUGUUUCUGCAUUUUUCGUGAUACGAACAAAGGUGUUUCUUUUGCAUGUCGCGAAUGGUGGAUUGAUGCAAGUUUUGUGGCUAUGGAAAAGCUUUGAGGCCGGAAAUGGAGACGAUUUGUUUUCCAUGAAAGAUGGAUCAUCUUCAUCUGGAGUUGCAGAAAGUUGAGUUCUUUACUACGUCGUAAUCUGUAAGUCACACAUCGUGCUAGUUGUGCUGUGACAGUUAGUUGAACAAAACAAUUAGCGAGUAUUUCAGAAGCCGCAUAACAUCAAAUGAUGAAAUUUUCACCUGCAUUGAAAUAUUGUUAACAUGCACUGACGUAAAUGGGCAAAGAAGUUGAAGAGCA